GGGCCCACACCUCCUCACCCAUGGGGAACAGCAAAAGCGGAACCCUGUCCAAGGAGAUCCUGGAGGAGCUGCAGCUGAACACCAGGUUCACGGAGGAGGAGCUGAGUACCUGGUACCAGUCCUUUCUGAAGGAGUGCCCCAGCGGCCGCAUCACCCGGCAGGAGUUCCAGACCAUCUACUCCAAGUUCUUCCCUGAGGCCGACCCCAAGGCCUACGCCCAGCACGUGUUCCGCAGCUUUGAUGCCAACAGCGAUGGCACCUUGGACUUCAAGGAGUAUGUCAUUGCCCUGCACAUGACCAGUGCAUGCAAGACCAACCAGAAGCUGGAGUGGGCCUUCUCCCUCUACGACGUAGACGGCAACGGUAGCAUCAGCAAGAAUGAAGUGCUGGAGAUCAUCAUGGCUAUUUUCAAGAUGAUCAGUCCUGAGGACGUGAAGCAUCUUCCGGAAGAUGAGAACACCCCGGAGAAGCGAGCUGAGAAGGUCUGGGGGUUCUUUGGCAAGAAGGAUGAUGAUAAACUUACAGAGAAGGAGUUCAUCGAGGGAACCCUAGCCAACAUGGAAAUUCUGCGACUGAUCCAAUUUGAGCCGCAAAAAGUGAAGGAGAAGUUUAAGGAAAAGAAACCCUGACGUCAACUGCUCAGGUCUCCUCCCUGUCCCCCACCCCAACAUAAACACGCAUGUGCACACGCGCCCCCGGGGCGGGAGAGCCUCCAACCCGCAGCACCUUAACCCCGCAGCACAUUAACCCCGCAGCACAUUAACC